AUGUCCUCCUCACCAGAUAACUCGGUUCUCCAAGAAGAGGUAGAGAAGCUUCGCCAGCAAUUGGAAGCUCAGUCAACAGAGAUUACCCAGCUGAAAGCCGACCUCGAAGAAUCCGAAUCCGCCAAGGACCAUGCGGAAACCCAAUACCAGACCCUUCUCGGUCGCGUUGAGAAGAUCAAAGAGACCCUCGGCGAGCGCCUCAAGCGCGACAAGGCCGAGCUGGAAGAGGCGAAGGACCGGGUGGAGGAAUUAGAAGCGCAGAAUGACCAGCUCACGCAACAGAUCGAGUCCCAAAGGGAGGAGACGGAGCAGCUGAAGCAAGAGGUUCAGGAACAAGGGCGGGAGUUGACAAGCCUGAGAAGCAGAUCCAAUCUGUCUCAACAAAAUUGGCACAGGGAAAAAGAUGACUUGGACAGGCUGGUCAAGAAGCUAAGAGAAGAACUGGAAAGCACAGCCACCGCGAUGGGAGAAUGGGAGGUCAUCGCCAUGGAAGAACGCUCCCAAAGAGAACUCCUCGCCGAGAAAGUCUCCGAGUUGGAAGAGGAAUUGCUCUCCACAAAAGAAGGCUACGAAAGAGCCGUCGGGGACCGAGACGUCCAAAGCCAAGCGGUGGAUAGACUUCAGCGAGCCCUCCAAGAGAUCCAAGACGCUCGCAAGAAGGAACUCCGGGACAUUGUCGAAGCAAAUGAAGAGCUCGUCCAAUCCCUCAAGAAGCGCGUUCAGGAAGCCGAGCAAAAAGCCAACGAGGCCGAAGCAGCAAGGGAAACCCUCUCCAAGGAACUCGAACGGACCGCCCCCUUUGAAAAGGAGGUCAAGGAAAAGAACCUUCUCAUUGGCAAACUUCGUCACGAAGCCAUCGUUCUAAACGACCACCUGACCAAGGCACUGAAGUACAUCAAGAAGACGAAGCCAGAGGAGAUGAUCGACAAACAACUAGUAACAAACCACUUCCUCCAAUUCCUCACCCUCGACCGCUCAGACCCCAAACGCUUCCAGAUCCUGCAGGUCAUGGCUGGCUUUCUCGGGUGGAGCGAGGAACAGCGCGAAAAAGCCGGUCUCUCCCGCCCUGGCGCUUCAGGAGGUUUGCGCCUUCCCACCUCACCGUUCCAUCGCACGCCUAGUUCGCCGGCGUUGAACAGCGAGUUUUUUGCUGAUCAGAACGCUUCGCUUGCGGGGGCGACACCCAAAGAAAGAGGGGAGAGCUUGAGCGACCUUUGGGCGAGCUUUUUGGAGAGGAGCGUGGAUGAGGCGGGUGUGGGUGGGGGAGGCAAGGGGUCGAGGAAGGAUAGUGCUAGUAGUGCGGGGACGAGGCCGGGUGUCUGA